UAGAAUUAAAAAGUACGAAUUAGAAAAAAGCAAACCAAAGAUUAGUAAAGCAUAAAAGCUAUAUGUGUAUACGUUGAAAACUAACAAUGGUGAACAUUAUCGAUGAGAGUAAUGAAAGACCAGUUAAAAAACAUUAUACUUUUCCUUUUAAAACGCGACAUGGAUGAGAUUGUUGUUAUGUUUAAAUUUACAGGUAAAAAUGUCCAAAGCCACGAAACGUAAACACGUUACCAGAGAAAUCGAAGAUAUGAGUAUCCCUACGGAAUCGCAGUCGAUCGUUCGAAUAAUAGAAUCUCGCGGUAAUAAUCUUCACGAAGUUCUCGAUGCAUCUGGAAUGCAAUAUCUCGUGUCUAUGCCGAUGAAAUUUAGGAGAAACAUUUGGGUGAAACGUGGAAAUUUCGUGUUGGUAGAACCAAUACCGGAAGGGAACAAAGUGAAAGCAGAAAUUGUUAAAAUAUUAACGAGAGUACAUGAAAGAUGGUACCGCCAGCAGAACUGUUGGCCCCAAGAGUUUGACGAAACUCCAAGUUCGGAGCGAGGAACAACCGGAGAAGAAAAUGAUAACGAAGAAGAUGAUAUUUUUAUAAAUACAAAUAGGUUAUUACAUAAUAGUAGUAGGAUAGAUAAGACUAGCGACACGAGCAGCGAUGAAUCUGAUUCUUGCUAAUGUUUCGGUUACAGUAUUGUAAAUAAUAAAAUUGUUCGUGUAAAAAUAACAGCAAACUACUUG